CUGCUCAAAAUCGCAACGGAAAGUACUAACGCAGAGCAAUCUCCGCUUUCUCUUUUAAUAUUCAUGCUUUAAACUAUUAGUAGAUCAUUAUGUAUCACCGUAUGGUGUGAUAUAGUUUCAAGACAAAUGCUUUGGCUGAAAUCUUUAUAAUCGCAAAGAAAUACAAAUAAAAAUCAACAGACAUUUACACAUCAAGUUGGAAACUUGGAAACAUUUUUUUUUUCGGAUUUGCCAGGAGAACGCCGUGCUCGAAUUUGCACCGUAGGUUAGGCAUAUAUAACCAUGAUGUUCCAUUCAUUUUCUCAUCUACUUUAGUAUUCUUCAGUCAGUUUAAAAAUUCGAAUCUACUAAAAUGCAUACAGAUAAUGGAUGUUUGUCUUCACUGUCCAGAACUCUUGAAUUCAUCAAGAUGGAUUAUUUGCAGUGAAUUGCGUAAUUACUAUUAUUAUUUGUACAUCUUAUGGCAUCUCAAGAGAGCUUGGUCGCUCACGUCUUACGCGAAUAAUAUAGCCAUAUAUUUCCAACCAUUGUGAGGGUGAUGUAAAAUACUUUCGGGUUUACUGUGCGUCGAGAAAUCAAGUCAAUUUGAAAACAUUAAUGAGGUCAUUUAACACGCGAACAUGAACACAACAAUGGAGCACACUGGGGUCGAAGAAGUCAACCAGACUCAUCAACAACACGAGCCUAUUAGCUUCGGGAUUGAUCAGAUUUUGAAUAGCACGGACCAGGCCACCAGCUGCAUGCUGCCGAACCGGACCAGCGACGCGGAUUACCAGAUUGCCUCCAACGUCUAUUCCAAUGGCUACAAUAGCGUGUACAACCCCGCUUGCUCUAUGGCUGCGGGGCUCGCGGGUUCGUACAAUGUCAACAUGAACAUGAAUGUGAGCAUGAAUAUGAACGUAAAUGUAAACUCGGGUAAUGCUGGUGGCGUUAUUCGGGUUCCUGCCCACAGACCGAUGCCUCCAACCCCUCACACAACUCCCUCCACUCAUCCAGCGGGCAUCUCGGCCGGCAUGGCCACCGUGCCAGCAGUAUCUGCCAUGGGGAAUUUUACCUUUCCGUGGAUGGAAAGCAGUCGACGAUUUGCAAAAGACAGACUGACAGCGGAGCAGGCAGUGGACGGACCAGUGGGAGGCCCCUGCGGCAGGCCGGGACCCCCCUCCCUGGCCGGCCUCCGUCCUGUGACAGAGGGGGAGAUCAGUGGGGCCCCCGUCUGGAGCUCAGUGGAAGCGUUAGCCAAACACUGUUACCCCGAUCUCGCCCUGCUGCGAGAGGCUAGCCCGCUCCUGGACUACCCCUUUCUCAAGGGUACUUGCCCAGCAGCCUUGUCUCCUUUCUCCGUGACGCGGCGGAUCGGACACCCAUAUCAGAACCGGACGCCUCCGAAGAGGAAAAAGCCGCGGACUUCAUUCAGUCGGGUGCAGAUCUGCGAGUUGGAGAAACGCUUCCAUCGUCAGAAGUACCUGGCGUCUGCCGAACGCGCCACCCUGGCCAAGACGCUGAAGAUGACCGAUGCCCAGGUCAAAACCUGGUUCCAGAACAGGAGAACAAAAUGGAGGAGGCAGACAGCUGAGGAACGGGAGGCAGAGAGACAACAGGCCAACCGGCUGAUGCUGCAGCUGCAGCAGGAGGCCUUCCAGAAGACUCUGAACCAGCCGCUUCAGCAGGACCCGCUCUGUCUGCACAACUCCUCGCUCUAUGCCCUUCAGAACCUGCAGCCGUGGGCUGAAGAAAACAAGCUAUCUGUCUAACAGAAGGAGGAGCUAAUCUUCAGAUGUCUGUCUAACAGAGGGGCGGAGCUAAUCAUCGGAUGUCAGUCUAACAGAGGGUGGAACUAAUCUUCGUCUGUCUAACAGAGGGGUGGAGCUAAUCUUCAAAGAUCUAACAGAGAGUGGAGCAUAUCACAGGACCUGUCAUUGAUCCUGGCUGUCACUCAUCGUUAGCCCGCAGGCUACACUUCAGCUCCGAUAUGGCAAAAUAUUAUUUAGUUUUUCUUAUGCAUACGACUUCACUUGAACGCAUGUUCCAAAUGUGUCUGUGUGUGCACUUUUGGGAUUGCCCAUCUAAGAUAGAGACUUUAAUCCUCAUAUGUUUUGUCAGUUUGGUCUAGAGGCAGCUGUGUCCUUUUCUACCGCAUCGUGUCAGACUGGCCACGACUUCCUAUUUAAUGUGCUUUAUAUUAAAUGUCAUUGUGACUUGACAUUGAUUCAAGUGUUCUCAAAUAGCCUUGUUUUUGGCAUUCAUCAGUUCCCCUCAUGUCUCACUGUAGACUCUGGUAUGUAUAUGUGCCAACACUUGAUUGCAGACUAAGCAGUGGUGAUUCGAUGGGAUAGGCCAGAUAUGCAUCUAUAUUUUGAAACAGGCUGGGCUGAAAGUAAACAAGCCACAUCAUAUGUGAGAAAAGACCCCAGGAACUUCACAAAUAAAAUCCGCACUUCAAACCAUUUGACGUAUCGCCAUGUCACGGGUGGCAAGUCCAAAGUGGAUUUGUUGAAAUGUGGCCUCCUUCUUUUUUGGUAAGAAAUCCCACAGUGAUCUCAGGGCUCCUGGUGUAAUGUGGAGAGAGACUCAAAUGCUUAUCAGUUUCCAAGUGAGCAUGGGACAAAAACAUCUCCUUUCAGGACAUCCCUAAACAGUCAUUUCCAGGUAAAUCUCUCCUGAGGAGGGGGAAGCAGCUUUGGGUCACUGACCAGCGCUCCAUGGUUCAUGAACGCAUAAAUGAGGCAUCAAGCUCAAGCUCACAGCAGCAGUGAAGGUCUGCAUGGAUUCAAAUGGCUGUCUGCGGAUGUGAAAAUACUGGCGGAUGUAGGGGCGGAACAACGCCCCUUUAGGGUUGACGAAGAGUGAAUUUUGCUCCAGGCAAGGGAUCGGCCAAAAGGUGCAGAUGCAGGCAUACCUAUAAACUGAAAAACAGAGAUCUGCAACAACAGCCUUUCAAAUACAGAAUUGUAUGGCGCAAGGCAUUGAACCAACUAUUUUAAAUGAAUGUUUUUUUUUUCUUUUUUGAUAUUACAACUUCCUUCCCUGCCAAUUGUCUUGAACUUCCAGCGGUUUUGACAAUGUCAAUCCAUAAAAGUACUGGAAGUUUUAUACUUUUGUCUGCCAUCAAGUGAGAUGUAUGUCAUGUUUUCAUCUUUUGCACUUUCAGGUUUUUUUUUUCUGAAUCAUUUAUGUGUUAAAAGGAACAUAUUCACUUUCAAAUAAAACUUAAUAUAUGGAAA